AUGGAUGAAGGAAGCCUUGUGGUGCAGCGGGUAAAGCGUGCCUUUGAACUGGUUCCACCUGACUCAGACCCCUAUUUUAUUUUGAAUGCAGGCCAACUGGAAUGGCGGGCCGAGCGCAUCCUAAUCCCGGAGCUGGAGUUCCAGUUUGAUGGGUUGCUGAAGCAGACGAGCGCGUCGCGCCAGCUCCUCUUCCACCCCCGCGUCUCUGUGGGGGCCAUGUGCCGCAGCCACCGGCACAGGAGAGCAACUUGCAGCCACGUGGGCUCCUGGCUGGAAGCAGACGGCCGGCGGCUGAAGGGGGCCAUCCAGAGGAGCACAGAGACGGGCCUGGCGGUGGAGAUGCCCAGCCGGACGUUGCGCCAGGCCAGCCACGAGUCCAUCGAGGACAGCAUGAACAGCUAUGGCUCGGAGAGCAACCUCAACUAUGGGGGAGUCUGCCUGGCAUCGGACGCCCAGUUCAGUGACUUCCUGGGCAGCAUGGGGCCAGCACAGUUUGUGGGCCGUCAGACCCUGGCUACCACGCCAAUGGGGGAUGUGGAGAUCGGCCUGCAGGAACGGAAUGGCCAGCUCGAAGUGGACAUCAUCCAGGCUCGCGGCCUGACAGCCAAGCCAGGCUCGAAGACACUGCCAGCGGCCUACAUCAAGGCCUACCUGCUAGAGAAUGGCAUCUGCAUUGCCAAGAAGAAGACCAAAGUGGCUCGGAAGUCGCUGGACCCACUGUAUAACCAGGUGCUGCUGUUUCCCGAGAGCCCCCAGGGCAAAGUCCUGCAGAGGUUCCCCAUGGGAACCAAAGUGGGCCUAUGCUUGCUUGUGGCCAGCACCAAUGUCCCCAAGCGCAGGGCCGCGCCUCCCCCCCUCCCCCCCAGCGCCAGCCCACCCUGCCUGGGAACGCCCGAGAGCCGAGGGCCCUCCCUGGCCUGA